AUGUCGCUGAACAAGAAAUAUGCCAAUCUUCCAGAUCUGACAGCCACUGUCCGCACCAACGACUCCGACGACGAGGUCCCCUCGAACCCGGACAUCGACCGCAACGGUCUCAAUGCCGAGGAGGCGCGCUUACAUUUCCUUCGGGCCAGCGUCGAUACUCGAGAUGUCGACUUUUCCGAUACCAUCGCUACGAAGCGCAAAUCGUACAGGACCAAGACCCUGCGGACGCGCAGACGCGCCGACGGAACGGAGGAGGUGGGGGAUCUCAGCGACAGCGAAGAAGAGACCUUUGAACGGAAGCUGGCCCGUCUGCGGAGAGAGGCGGAGGAGCUGAAGGAGGAGCUUGCGCGGCGCAAGGAGCAGCAGUCGACAAAGGCCGAUCAACAACAGCCGGAGAACGAAGCGGAUGUCGGAGACGGCUUGGAGGAACUGAGCCGAGCGCUGGACAACAUCCAUGCCUCAACGCGUGGUGCUUCAGGGAAUGCGAUAACUGCAGAUACAAUCCUCUCGCAGAAGUUGGCAGCUACCUCACAACCGGUUGGGGCUGGGUCCCAGGACAAGAACAACAGCACGUCAGAACACAAUGACAGCCCCGCGGCAACCUCUACACCUUCAGGCCUUCUUGCACAUGCCGCUUCUUUUGAUGCUCGCCUGGCUCUCGUCGAAGCAGCGCUGGGCAUCUCGACGUCAUCCAAUCCGUUCAUAGGCGAGGGCAACUCGGAACCACCGCUUCAGCCUGUCCUGCCAGCACUCGAGCACCUCACAUCUCGACUGUCUGCCCUGACCAGCACCCUGGGUGGUCCUGCACCAGCGCCCGCUGUUCCCACGACCGGCUCGGGGCCCGCGACCACGGCGGGAACGACACCUCAGAUCGAGGCUCUGACGGCGCGAAUCAAGAAGCUCACGGCCGAUGCGGAUGCCUUGGCGAAUUCACGCAAGCGCGCCAUGGACGCUGCCAAAGCCGCAAAUGCAGCGAAGGUCCAAGCCGAUCUCCCCUCAGAUCUGUCGGCAUCCUCGUCCAACGCAACCGAGGUCGCCGACCCUGCGUCCACGCAGCGCGACGAACAAGCUGCCAAGAUCCAGGCCCUGUACGCGACGCUGCCCACCAUCCAGUCCCUCCAUCCACUUCUCCCCAGCGUGCUGGAGCGACUGCGGUCCCUGCGGGCGAUCCACGCCGGUGCCGCCCAGGCCAGCGAGACGCUUGACGCCCUGGAGAAAGACCAGGCGGAGCUGAGCAAGGAGAUCGAGCAGUGGCGCGAGGGACUGCGGGUUGUAGAGGAGAAGGUGAAGGAGAGCGAGGCAGCCAUGAAGAAGAAUAUUGACGUUAUCAGCCCGUGGGUCAAGGACCUAGAGACGAGACUGGCCCGGUUGGAGAAUCAGACCUGA